AUGCGUCUCCUUUUCUCACUCCUCCUCCUGGUGCUGGGGGUAAUGGGGGUGGAUAUUCCCAUUCUCCUCGACGGGGCUCUUGUCGAGUUUCCGACCUCACAGGUGGCUGGCAACAUUGUCAACGGGGUGGCGUUGGCCGCCCAAGUCAUCGUCUCCGAAUUUGCUCUGGAAGUCAACCAGGGCUACAUUGAGCAGAUCAGCUUUGACGGCUCCAUCAAGAUCCUGAACGGGCCAACUAUUCGCAUCAACGACCCGAACGCCGUCUUUUCAGCCGGCUUCUCGCUGCCUUUCAUGGUGUCUGACGACGUCAACCCCAGCAUCACUUCCUUUUCGGGCUUCCCCAUGUGUGUGCCGCGGUCGGUCAGUGACGUGCUCUGCCCAGACUCCAACAGGCCACGCGCACCGGGCACCGGGGCGCCGAGCAGGAUAUUCCAAGCGCCCGAUGCGCUCUUCAUGGCGCCAUUCCUGGUAGGCGACUACAUCGAGUAUCACGGCUUCCGAGCCUCGACAGGCAACAUGGUCGUGUUUGAAAUCGUUGCGUGGAACGUGCAGAUCACGACGACGGGCUCGCCCACGUACAUCCGUAUCGAGGAGGCGCUCAUCGGCGUCUUCGACUCGGACCCCAACGUCGAGGUGGCCGAGACGCGCUUCGUCGGCUACACAUCGGACCCAACCACGGUUAUAUCCCUCAGCGCCAUCGACAUCGACCCGUGCACCGGAGCCGAGUCGUUCCGCAAUUUCGGUGUUCCGCAGCUGCGCCCAGAGGCUGGCGGCCGCAACAAGUGGAUUGCCCGCUUCGACGGGACCGUGGCCACGGCCUACACGCGCGAGUACCGGGCCAUUGCCAGUACCGGAACUGUCGUGACUCGCAACGGAAUUGUAGCGGGCCAGUAUGUGGUGCCGAUCUUGGACUGGAUCCAACCCGAGCUGCUGGUUCCAGGCAGUGAGCCUCCUAUCAACGAGUAUUCGCAGUUCUCGCAACUAACCCGCGGCGUCGGCCCGGAUGAGGACGGCAACAUGUUCGGCCCGCUCGACCCGUUCCCGCAGUCGGGGGUCGCCGUCUUCGACCUGUCGACCUGCCCUCCGCCGGGCAACCCUGCAGACCCGCAGUCGCCAACGCCGCGCGUCCAAGCUACCAUCCCCAUCUCGCUGACGGGGACCACGGCCACGGUGGCCGACAAGCCGCUGUACGUGCGCGCCGACGACACCUUCACGCUGCGCGGCUUCCAGGACAACCCCAGCACCGUAUUCGCCAACGACACACUGGUCUGGAGCUGGUCCGUCGUGGCCGCGGGGUCGGCCGGCUCGCAGACCAACUUGGCCACCUUCACGCCCAGCGCCGACACCAAGUCGGUGGCCGUCAGGUUUGCCACGUCGGCUCCGACGGGCGACUACAUCUUCCAGCUCUCCAUCCGAUCGGUCGGGCAGAACCGCACGGGCACGGCCACCUUCACGGUCAAGCUGUUUUCGGGGCCCGACACGGUCGCCGUCACGGCCGUGACGUGGACGAGCUCGCAGAGCGGCACCAUCGGCGUGUCGUGCAGCAGCAACUACCUGGUCGACUACAGGAUCGCCAUGACCGUCACGUACCCGGCCGACGGCGGCACCACGACCACGCCCAUGGCCGCCACCCCGCCCGGCAGCGGCAGCUGGGCCUUCUCGUCGCGCCGCGUCAACCGUCCUGGCACGGUUGUUUGCCGAUCGUUGCUCGGUGGCCAGGCCACGGCGAAUGGCCUUACAGCCAAGAAGCGGAGCGACGAGAAGGAGCUGCCAGCCCGCGUGCUGCGCUCGCGUGUUGCGGCGGCUCGUAGGUAG